UGAUCCCACCCAGCCUCCUGUUCUAUACAAGUGCUGGAAACUGGAAGGGUAGAUGGGGGGAGGGGGGGACAAGCUCCACAGUUGGAAGAUCUGGUACCUGAUCCAGUAAAAGGAAGUACACAGGACCUACUAUCUUAUCCCAAUACUAACUAGAUCACUGAGGUUUCCUUAAUACUUCUACCCUAGCUGAAGGAAAAUGUAGAGGUCAGUGUUUUCUAAGGCCUCGAAGGAAGAUAGGCAUUUAGGACACUACAGAGUUGUGUCUUCUCUGGGUCUACGCAUUCACAACACCCGGAGCUCUCCAGAUCCCGCCCCAUCACCCUGACCCCACCCCCUUACAAACACCCCAUGACAGGCUGUGAUAAAAACUUAAAGCUCAGGCCCAAACCCUCAGACCUUCAUUCACAGUACCCACCUAGACUUGGGUAUCAGCUCCACCAACAGGUCUCCCCCACAGGAGCCCAAUCCCGAAGCUAUGUCUGAAAAGCAAGACCCCAAGGCCUCUGAGGCAGCCUGCAGUGCAAUGGACUUCCCAGAAUUCGAAGAUGAAGAACGCUGGCUUUUCAAAGUUCUGGGAAUCAAGCCUAGGCCUUCCUCUGCUCUGGAUGAUGACACCGAGAAGCAGGAGGACGAGUCACUGGGCCGCACCGAAUUCCUUCGCCUGCAAGAUAUCCUUCAGGAGGACAAAGUCAGCAGUACCGAUGGUAGCUACACUCGCCAAGCUGGAUAUACUGAAGAAGAUGAUGAGAACAGUCACAGCGACAGUGACAUUGAUGAUAAUGUGAAAGUCAUCAUUGGCAACAUUAGAACAAACCCCUCCAUGUACAUGGAGAUGCCCACUAAUCUGAACUCACAAACUGACCAAGACCAAAUAACUGAAUCAGACAAUGCCAUGAACCCAACUGAUUAAACAAGCAAGGAUCAGAAGCCUGCCACCAUCACCUAUCCUUAUGCCCUCAUGCAUAAAUGAAGUCGUAAUGGAAAACAACAACCCCUUCCCUUGUUUUUAAAGACAAUGGCGUCAUCUCUACAGACAAACCUGAAAGCAAAUCUAUGCCAAACCACUAAAACAAAUGGAAAAUAUUUAAUUUGAGACCUGGCUGUUUUGAAAAUUGGAAAUCCUUGCUCAAAAUUAAAAUCACCCCAAACAAUCUAAAG